AUGGUUGAAGGAGCUCGUGCUCUUGAUAUUUGUACAUUUUGCAUUUGUGGUGUUUUUUCCCCAUAUCGAAUAGAUCAAGAUGUACGUGUAGGACAAAUUAUUCGUGAAGAAUCACCUACAGCAUUUAUUAGUGUUUUACAUGAAAUUGCUGGUCUUGGUCUAUCUGAACGUGAGGAUGCUGGAAUACUCAAUGCAUGUCUACGCCCAUUAGCUAAACAAACUAUUGAAGCAUUACAAGCAUCUCUUCCUUCAAAUGUUUUUUUUUUCUUACUAGAAAUGCUGAUAAUACGAACUGAUCAUUAA